AUGUCCCGGACCUCCUACGAUCGAUACUUAACAGUCUUCUCACCAGAAGGCCGGUUAUACCAAGUCGAGUAUGCUUUCAAGGCGAUCUCCGGUUCAGGACACACCUCCAUAUCUGUGCGUGGGAAGGACACGGCCGUCGUGAUUAUUCAGAAGAAGAUCCCCGAUAAGCUGGUUGAUGCGGGCACUGUCACCCAUCUAUACAGCAUAACGCCCAGUAUCGGAUGUGUCAUGACUGGUCUUGUCGCGGAUUCGAAGACGCAGGUCAUGCGUGCACAAAUGGAGGCGGCCAACUUCAGGUACAAAUACGGCUAUGAGAUCACCCCGGACGCGCUUGCAAGGCGACUGGCGAACAUGAACCAGGUCUACACACAACGUGCAGGCAUGCGUCCAUAUGGCAUUGCCAUGAUCAUGAUCGGUAUCGACCCGGAGUACGGACCUCAAGUAUAUAAGCUUGACCCUGCGGGCUACUUCGUCGGCUUCCACGCAACAGCCGCAGGCCAGAAGCAGCAGGAGGCGAUGAACCACCUCGAGAAGAAGUGGAAGCGUCUCCCUGGUGGCUCCGACGACGCCGCUGCUGCACGCGAGACGCUCUCGCGAGCACAGGUUAUCGAAAUGGCUAUCGAGGCUCUUGCGACAGUACAUGCGACGGACUACAAGGCUGCAGAGGUCGAGAUCGGCAUCUGCAGUACUGCGGAUGACGAGCCUGAAGACAAGAAGGGGUUAUGGCGUACAAUGGACGAGGCUGAGAUUGAGAAGCAUCUGCUUGCGUAUGCCGAGAAGGACUAA